ACAGUCCGAGGUCUCUCCUCUACGAACCACGUGAACACAGCGAGAAGUACAGACGUCUUCAGAUGGCCGUCUCACACUCACCUCGUCUCACAAUCGUGAUGCUACUGGCUCUCACCUGUGUGGCGACUGUCACCUUGGGUGUCUGUCCUGUGGAGAGAGGUUACGUGCUUUGUGACAAUCGUUGUCUGAAGCUGUACACCAUCAAGCAAGACUACCAGACUGCCAAAACGCGCUGUGAAGCUGAUGGAGCUCAUCUCUUUUUCUUCAAGUCACGUGAUCAGGACGUCCCGGCCUUGCAGUAUCUGUUGGACACGAGGGGUGAAGUUCUCCAGGGUAUAGCCCAAGGUUUAUGGGUUGGAGCAACUGACAUUGAAGUGGAGGGACAGUUUGUGUGUGGAGUGACAACUCCUGUGUGCCGACAAAUACCGGACUCUGGGCCCACACUCAACCGGACAACUAUUUGA